CUUCAACAACCGGCGGAAGUCAACAAAACCUCAUCCCCUCCUCACCCAUCAAGCCAUUAAACCAGGCACAGAAAUCUUGUCAAAGAUCUACACCACCAGGCAGUCCUCCCAAAAUGGCCUCGCCAGCAGAGAACACCAGCGGCACAGACGCCGCCAUCACCAUGGCCUCACCAGCUCUACACGCCGCCAGUCCAACCCCAGCGGCACCCACCCCCAUCACCAACAAACCACUACCUCCUCGUCCCACGACGACAACCACAACAACCGCCACCACUAUCCCCAACGACAUCAACACCAAACCAGGCGCCAGCGUCUACAGCAAGCCCCUCAUGCUGACCACCUACGACAAAUAUGUCCUUGGAUUCAGCAUGACCUAUCUCUGGCGCUGUCCCUCGUCCACCAUCCUUGUGCCCUUCUUCCGCGAGAACUUUCGGGCCGAGAAGCACCUUGACAUUGGAGUUGGCACCGGUUUUUUUGUGGGUGAUGCUUUGGCGGAGAGACUUGCUAAGGACGAGUAUUUCAUGCCACUGGAGAGGGACCCGGAUAGUAAACUGGUCCAGCCAAAGAUUGAGAUUACGCUGAUGGAUUUGAAUGGGAUGGCGCUUGAGAAAGCGAAGGAGAGGGUAUUGGGGGUUGUUAACAACGCGAGAGUCGGCGGCAACGGCAAAAGCGGAAACGGCACGAGCGGCAACGGCAAGUCAGCGGGAAAUGGAACGAACGUGGCAGUCAACGUAACCACCAUCCAAGCCGACGUGUUAGAUGAGUCACUCACCCUGCCCGAAGGCAAGCUUUUCGGUCCGGGAUCUGCCUUGGGAACUUCGAGACAGUUCAAGUCGGUCAGCAUGUUCAACUUGCUUCACUGUCUUCCCGCUGCUCCCGAGCCGCAAGGACAAGAAAUCAAAAACCGCGCCUUCAAACUCGCAGCCGAAUGCCUAGCCGAUGACGGUGUCCUGUCUGGUUGCACGAUCCUGGGACGGAAGUACAUUUCAAGUUCGUCCCGCCCUGGUUCGUCUCGCCCGGGUUCGUCUGGCACGGGUUCGGGUUCGGGAGUGAAGAAGGGAGUUGGGCGUACAGGUAGACCUUCGGUUUUGAGCAGGAGCAUGACGUGGACGGUUAUGAAGUGGUACAAUGCGAUGGGAGUGUUUGGGAACUGGACGGAUGAGAGGGAGGGAUUCGAGAAGGGACUGAGGGAAAAUUUCGAGGUGGUGGAGACGCAUGUGGUGGGUUGUAUGCUGAUUUUUUGUGCGGCGAGGCCGAAGAGGGAGUGAACUGUAAACUGCAUACAAUGGGGAACCAUACAAAAUGUGGUGGGGUGGGACAUACGACUUGAUGGCUGGAAGGAACUGUACACCGCGCUGGUAACUGGAGCACAUAAAAUGUUCAGAUGUGUGGAAGUUUACUGGCACUAUUGAGCUUGCCUCUAUAAAAUGCUGGUCAGUAUACAGUUGGCCAAAGUCAGAGGUCACUUAGAUGGAUGCCCUCACAGGCCUGGGGAGGGCUUGAUGGAUCCUUGCUUUUUAUUGCUUUACUCAAACACAAUGCUCCAUAGGAUCAGGAUUGUACGACUCGGUAACACAAUGCCAAU